AUGCGUUUUUAUGCGUUUCUGCUCCUGUUAUCCUUCGUCUGUGCUGACCCGUCCACUCCAGAAGAAGGUAAGGAGCAAGAAAACGAUGAAAAGAAGGAAUCCACGGAGACAGAUGAUUUUGGCGGAGACGUGCUUUCCAAAGGAAUGGAACUCUUCGCAAAUAUGGUGAAGGACGAAAAAAUUGGCCUUGGAGAUGCAUUGACUUUGAUGAGUGCUUUUGGGAAUAUAAAAAAGGCCUUUGAAGAGGGUGCAAAAUCCGUGAAAAACGUGGAAGAGGAAACUAAGCCCGACAAGGAACCUUCGCUUGACGAUUUGGUGUUACGAUUCAAAGAAUUCGGUGAGAUUCUCAUGGAUGAGUUUGGUCCGUAUGCCGACACCAUCUUCAAAGCCGCCUCCACUUUUGAGUGGAAGGAUUUACUCAUCAGUGGAUUGCGGAGUUCACGUUCUCUUAUCGAUACAGUUAUAGACGUGUUAGAAAAGCCAUCGACCGAUACAAGUCAUGAGGAGUUAUGAACAGUUAUCAAGUACGAAAUAGAAACUGUGUGUGCUUUCCAAUUAUGUAUAAAUAUGUUUUGAAUACAAACUUUUUAUUACUUCCUGGAAU